CCAGGUCUUGCAACCCCGCUCCACCCCGCUGGCCCGCCCAGAGCGCGCAGUGCCCCAGCGAGAGCGCACGGUCCCCAGGCCGACACCUGGCCGAGCCCUCGCCGCCCGCCCGCGCCCAGGCCCCGCGUCUCCCGCACGCCAGCCCUCGCCCCUCGCCCCUCGCCUCGGUGCGCACCAUGGCGCCCCCCCAGCGCCUCGCUCUCUGGCUCCUGCUAGUGGUGGCGACGGCCUUGGUGGCCGCGGCUCUGAAAGACUGUGUCUGUGAGAACUACAAACUGACCACAAAUUGCUCUGAGAAUGACAAUGGUCAGUGCCAGUGUACUUCAAUAGGUACACAGCAUACUGUCACCUGCUCAAAAUUGGCUUCCAAAUGUCUGGUGAUGAAGGCAGAGAUGAAUGGGUCAAAGUCUGGGAGAAGAGUGAGACCGGAGGGGGCUAUCCAGAAUAACGACGGGCUCUACGAUCCUGACUGUGAUGAGAUGGGACUCUUUAAAGCCAAGCAGUGCAAUGGCACCACCGCGUGCUGGUGUGUGAACACUGCUGGAGUGAGAAGAACCGAUAAGGACUCUGAAAUCAUCUGUUCCGAAAGAGUGAGAACCUACUGGAUCAUCAUUGAACUAAAACACAAAGCCAGAGAAACACCUUUUGAAGUUGAAAGUUUGAAGAGUGCGCUCAAGCAGGUAAUCACAUCUCGUUAUCAACUGGAUCCAAAAUAUAUCACAAAUAUUGUGUAUGAGAAUGAUAUUAUCACUAUUGAUCUGGUACAAAACUCCUCUCAAAAAACCCAAAGUGAUGUGGACAUAGCUGAUGUGGCCUAUUAUUUUGAAAAAGAUGUUAAAGAUGAAUCCUUGUUCUUUUCCAAAAAAAUGGACCUGACAGUGAAUGGGGAGCAACUAAAUCUGGAUCCUGGUCGAACCCUGAUUUUCUAUGUUGAUGAAAAACCGCCUGAAUUUUCCAUGCAGGGUCUACAGGCUGGUAUUAUUGCUGUCAUUGUGGUUGUGACAAUAGCAAUUAUUGCUGGAAUAGUUGUGCUGGUCAUUUCCAGAAGAAACAGAUCAACGAAGUAUGAGAAAGCUGAGAUAAAAGAAAUGAAUGAGAUGCAUAGGGAACGAAAUGCAUAAUUUGAAGAGCCCAACUUCAAGAAGUAAAUUUAGCAAGCAACUAAGAUUACAAAUAUAUGAGCAUGGGACAAAGAAGACUUGACUACUGUUUUGUUAGUUAACAUCAUCUAUGUGUGGUAGUAAAACCUGUACUCAAACAUACACAGCUUGAAAUUGAGUUCAUCAACCCUAAAGUUUGACCUAAAGUCAGUUAUGAUGUAAAACAGAUGAUCUUGCACUGCAUAGUUUAAAUUACACAUUAUACUGACAAGUGCAUUAAAUUUGUAUUCACAGUAGAGUCUGAAUGCCUACUGUCUUUUCCAUCUGUGAUCAAAAUCUGCCGUUCUAUUACUUUGUCUUGUACAUAUAAACCUUUUUUAUGAACUAUGAAAUAAAACAUUUAAAAACUGAA